AUGUGUUUUAAUAGAGUGAAGCAAGGUUUCUUAGUUGGAUGUAGGCCUUUGAUUGGAGUAGAUGGUACAUUCUUGAAAAGGUCAAUUGGGGGAGUUCUAUUGAUAGCUGUUGGAUUAGAUGCUAAUAAUAGCAUUUAUCCACUUGCAUAUGCUGUAACAGGGGGAGAAAAUAAGGACUCUUGGGCAUGGUUCUUCAAAUUACUCAAAGAAGACUUGAAAAUUGAAAGGGAUUAUGAGUGGACUAUCAUGAGUGACAAGCAAAAAAGCCUGAUUCAGGCAUGUGACAAUGUUUUUCCAAAUGCAGCUCAUAGAUUUUGUGUGAAACACAUGCAUGGCAACUUUUCAUCUGCUGGAUUCAAAGGAGAAGCUCUGAGAAAAGCCUUAUGCGUUGCUGCAAAGGCAACUAGUCCAGCAGAAUUUGCCAGCAAAAUGGAAGAAAUAGCAGCAAUUGACAAACAUGCAGCCAAGUGGUUUGAUGAUAAACCUCCAUCUCAAUGGAGCAGAGCCUACUUUAGUACUUAUCCAAAGUGUGAUAUCUUGUUGAAUAAUGUGUGCGAGUGUUUCAAUAGCAAAAUAUUAGAUGCAAGGGAGAAAUCAAUCAUUGAAAUGCUGGAAUUGUUAAGAUUGUAUAUGAUGCAAAGAAUGCAGCAAAAUAGGGACUUGGCAGUGAAUAAGUGGAAAGACUAUAUGCACUGUCCUAGGAUUGUUGAGAGAAUAGAAAAAAGGAUGGAAAAGGCCACUCAGAGUUUUCCUUUCAAAUCCAAUGAUGAUUUGUAUGAGGUUUCCUGUCCAUAUGGUGAUCAUUAUGUAGUAAACAUCAAAGACCAUACAUGUUCAUGUAGGAGAUGGGAGCUGACAGGAAUUCUUUGUCCCCAUGCUAUUUCUGCACUAUGGAUAGCAAAAAAAGAUCCAAUGUUGUAUGUAUCCAGUUGGUAUACAGUGGAAAAAUACUUGUUAUGCUAUGAAGGCUGUGUGUGUCCAAUGAGUAGGGAAAGAAAUUGGAAGAACACUGGUCUUAAAGGUCCAAAACCACCUUUGUAUGGUAAACUAGCUAGAAGACCAAAGAAACAAAGGAGGCGAAGUAUGGAUGAAGUAGAACAAGCAAAGGAAAAACAGAAAAAGAAAAUGAGCAAAGUUAGUGCAGUGAUAAGAUGCAAAUAUUGUCUGCAAAGAGGUCACAAUAUGAGAUCUUGCAAGCUUAGAAAGGAUGAACAUACUGAAGCUGUCCAUACAGGCUCCCAAGUUCCUCAGAAUACCACUGCAAAUGUUGAAGACAUCUCUGUAGACUGCAAUGAUACUGAAGCUGAAACUGAAGAGCUAGUUACAUGUACUCCCUCAAAUUUUUGA